AUGGUUGACAUGAAAUACAUACUCAACACUACUAUGAAAUGGGUGUCACUGUUCACCACAUUUGAAACCAGUGGUUAUAUUCUGGGAACUUUCGUUGCCGAUCGUACGAUCCAUUCGGUGUCCUUUGGUAUCGGUUCCGUACUCUACACUCAAGCAUUGAAACCAUACCUCGUGGGCGAAGUGGACAAUGAGUUCAAAAACGAGACAAUGGUUUUUGACAACGAGUUAAGGAUUAAUGAAAACGAUGUCAUUGAUAGGCGAUCGCGACUCAUGUUUCCCAUAUUCCUGAUCGGCGCCUGUAUUAUAAUCAAGCCCGGAAUCAGUGGAAAAAUCACUUUUCUGGAGUUAUUCAACGCGAAGGAUACCCCGCGCGCAUGGAUUGCACUCUUAUUUGCGUUAACCGUCUCCUUGUAUGCCAUUUAUGAGGCGGUGUUCAUGAAGUUGGGGUCACUUACUGGACAGUACUCACCGCUCAGACUAUCGGCUGAAAGUGCAACCAAUAUAUACUCGACAUCCAUAGCCAUCUACUCGGCCGGACUCGUUAUCAAUAUAUUCUAUCAGUAA